AUGAGACUUAUCGUUAGGCCUGACGGCAGAUCAGCAUCUGCCCAUGUUGCCCAUUACAUCUUAGACCGCAUCAGGACGUUCCAACCUACACCAGAGAAGCCUUUUGUUCUUGGGCUCCCAACAGGCAGUAGCCCCAUUCAGAUUUACGAGACUCUGGUCACCGAGUACAAGGCCGGCCGUAUCUCUUUUGAAAAUGUCAUCACCUUUAACAUGGACGAAUACGUCGGACUGCCCCAAGCGCAUCCAGAGUCGUACCACAGCUUCAUGUUCCGUCAUUUCUUUUCUCACAUAGACAUUAAGCCAGAGAACGUCCACAUUCUUAACGGCAACGCUCCAGACUUGGAUGCGGAGUGCUCUGCGUAUGAAGAAAAGAUCAAGGCUGUUGGUGGCAUUGACCUGUUCCUGGGCGGUGUCGGUCCGGAUGGUCAUAUUGCAUUCAACGAAGCUGGUUCAAGUCUCGCCUCCAGGACGAGGGUAAAGACGUUGGCUAUGGAUACAAUCCGUGCCAAUGCUCGAUUCUUCGGAGGAGACCUGAACAAGGUACCACAGAUGGCGCUGACGGUGGGAGUUCAAACCAUCAUGGAGGCAAGAGAGGUCGUCAUCAUCGUUAGCGGCGCAACCAAGGCUAUUGCUCUUCAGAAGGCAAUCGAAGGCGGGGUCAACCACAUGUGGACGCUGUCGUGUCUGCAGCUGCACCCUUACUCUAUGAUUGUAGCAGAUGAAGAUGCUACACUCGAGUUGCAAGUCAAGACGGUCAAGUACUUCAAGAGUAUCGAAAAGGUCGGACUCGGCAAGGGUUUCGAACAGAAGCUGCCUCUGAGACUGAGGACCUUGUCCAUCGUCAGUCCUCCUCAGACGCCAGCAGACUCAAAGCAAAGUGCUAUUCUGGAUGACGACCACUUGGUAGAAUUGACGCCAGAUAGUAUGUCCUCUCGCAUUUCGCCAUGGCGAUAA